AUGCAGCCAGCGAAAUAAUAAUAAUAGUAGUUAUCAGUUUAAGCAUAAAAGGAGAGGGAUCGAUUAAAAGCUUAGCGAGAAGGGCAAUUGAAUAAAAAAGAACAAGCUCUAAACAAAUUAAGUGAUGAGGAAGUGAUAGUCUAAUUAAAGGCAAAGGGAUUAGGAGUUUAUGGAACAAAAUAAGAGAAAUUAGAUAGAUUGAAGAAGGCUAAUGGGAUUGAAAUUAGUAAUAAGCAAGAACAAGUUCCUUAAUAAUAAUAAUAACAAUAACAAUAGUAACAAGCACAAUAAAUAGCUGCAUAAUAAUAAGCACAACAACAGAAAGGAUCAGUUGUUGAUAAUAUCAAAAAGAUGGAAUAACAAAGAGAAGAACGUCGUAAAAAUAUGUAAGAAAUGAAAAGAGAGAAAGCAGAGAGAGAAGAAUAGAAUUAAAUAUUGGGUAAAAAUGUUGAUGUAGAAUUUGAAAUCAUGAUUGAUAAAACAAGACUCAAAGGAGGACUAAUACAAGAACAUUAGACUACAUAAAAUAUCAAAUUAUGUGUGUGUGUUAGAAAGAGACCAAUCUUUAAAAAGGAAGAAGUCGGUGGGGAAAUCGAUGCUAUCAGUUGUGCAAAUCCUAUGAUUAGAGUGCAUGAACCUAAAUUAAAAGUAGAUGGUAUUACCAAAUAUGUUGAAAAUCAUGAUUUCCAAUUUGAUAAUACUUUCAGUGAGGUAGAAUAAGGCAAGGACAUUUACGAUGUUAGUCUGGCUCCAUUGAUGGACUUAUUGGUAAAUUAAGGAGUUGUAACAUGUUUUGCUUAUGGACAAACAGGUUCUGGUAAGACAUACACAAUGAAAAGCAUUUAGGAGUUAUUGGCCUCUGAUUUGUAUAAGUUAAUCAGUACAACUCCUUCGUAUAAGAUAUUUGUAUCAUUCUUUGAGAUUUAUGGUGGAAAAUGCUAUGAUUUAUUGAAUGCCAAGGCACCUUUGCAAAUAAUGGAAGACAAAAAUAAUAACAUAUAGAUACAAGGAUUAGUUGAAAAGCCUAGUGAAUCAGAACAGGAGUUAUUCUAAUUAAUGGAAUUGGCUAACUCAGUUAGGACAACUCAUGCAACUGUUGCAAAUGAUACAUCUUCGAGGUCUCAUUCUAUCUGUUAAAUUGCAAUCAGAUAAGGGUAUUCAGAUAUUGGUAAAUUAAUCUUGGUUGAUUUGGCCGGAUCAGAGAGAGCAUAAGAUACUUAAUCAAACAAUAGGUAGAGGAGGUUAGAAGGAGCAGAAAUCAAUAAAAGUUUAUUGGCUUUGAAAGAAUGCAUUAGGGCUAUGGAUUCAGGAUAAGGACACGUUCCUUUCAGAGCAUCUAAACUUACAUUGGUUUUGAGAGACUCAUUUACUGCUAAAUCGAAUAAGUCUAGAAUUAUAAUGAUUGCUUGCAUCAGUCCUGGUAGUUCAUCUGCUGAUCAUUCACUAAAUACUUUGAGAUACGCGGAUAGAUUGAAGGAUAAAUCAAAUUAAGCUAAAGUUUAAUUGGAAGAAAGGGAAGUCACAAAUGAAGAAUUAUUGUAUAGAUAAUAGUAAGGAUAGGAUAGGUAAUCUGAUAAGAAUCUAGAAAAUAAUAAUAAACAAUAAGAUAAGUAGAACCCUCCUUUACAAUUACCAAAGAUAAAUGAUCCAAGAAAUCAGAAUAAUUAGAAUGCUGGUAAUAUCAAAAAGAACUCAUCUUAAGUUCCUGAAAAGGAAAAACCUAAAUCUUAGCCUGUACCUCCAAAACAAUAGAAAAAGAUCAAUACUGUGUAAGAGGAUUCCGAUGAUGAUGUGGCAGCUGAAGAAUUAGUUAAUAAAAAGAAUGGGUAAGUUAAAGAAGAUGUCAGAUGCAUGAAGGAAACUAUGAUGAAAAAUGAAUAAAACAAUGCUAAUGGAAAUGGAAAUGAAUUCUUUGAUUUUCAUGAAAAAGUCAAUACAAUUCUGGAAGAAUAAGAUGAAAUACUAAACAUUCAUAUGGCUGCCAUAAAAGAAGAUGCUAAAUUAUUACAAUAAGAAAGUGAGUUAAUUCAGUCAAUUUAGGGAGUUGGAAUUGUAGAUUAUGAUGUCGAUACUUACGUUGGCAAUUUAGAAGCCUUCAUUAGAAAGAAACUUAAAAUUUAUAAUUUGUUGAAUAAAAAACUCUUAGUGUUUAAGACACAUUUGAAAGAGGAAGAAGAAAUCAGUUCUAAGAUGAAGAAUACCUUCUAUUAUUGA